AUGAAAAUAUUCCUCGUCGCCCUAUUAUUCCUUACUAUCAAUGUAGCUGCCGAUGGUCGUAUGACAUUACCAGAAAUCCGCCUUACAAAGAAUGAUGCAAAAAAUAACUUCCGAAAUGCACGCUCACCAGCAAAACAUUACCCUUGUGGAACCAAGUUGGGUCCUGGAAAAGUUUUAACAACAUAUACUACCAAUCAAGUCGUAAACGUUCAAUGGGACAUUGAGAAGGCUUUGGAGGGUACUUGUUUUAUCGAUUUGUCAACAACCGGAAAAGAUACUGAUUUUAAACCCAUUAGUACCAUUGAUAAUUGUGCAGAUAAAGUUGGUGAAAACUUUCAAGCCGAAGUAAAACUUCCUGAAAAUACUUCUUGCGAGCGUUGUACGCUUCGUUUUAGAUGGAUUCCAAAGUUAUCUGAGGAUGUUUAUUUAAAUUGUGCCGACAUUUCUAUCUUACCAGCCAACAAAAGCAAACUCAAUGCGCAAAAAAGAUGUCGUGCUUGCGGUGGUGCUGGAGCAAAACGUGAUUUAGGAUCAAUUAAUAGCGGUCUCUUGAGCCGCAAAGAACUUAAAAAACGCAAUUUGAAAAAGCGUUCAGCCUAA